AACGGAAGUUUCAAUGUUUAGAACAUGAUUUUUCCGGUCUCCAGCAAGAGCAAUCUGCCAAAGCGCACGUGAAAAACCCAACAUCAGAUUCAGGGGUACACUAUUCAUUUGUAUGCUAGUAGUUCAUUACGUGAUCAUUUCAGUUGUUUGCUUGAAAUUUCUCUCUUAGCAUAGAUCACAGAACCUAGAGAUUCGAGCCAUAUAUUAGGAAUUAUAGUUAGGAUUAAGAGAGGAAAAAAAAGAACGAACGAACGAACAAUCUAUUUCUGUGCACUUCCCGUGUUUCAUUAACAUGGAAAAAAGUGCAAGAGACUAGAAUAAUUCGAUUUGGUCUGUUAUUUCCGGACAUUCGAUGGGUAUUAUCCUCCGAUAAGAGAAUGCGGUGGAAAACACCUACUUGGAUGCGACUUAUUAUGUCAAUUAAUUCGAAUCCCUCUAUCCUGAAGAGCCAGUUUAUAUUUCCUCACUAGCAAUUACGUUUCAACCUGAAAAGAACUGAGUGGUUGUCCCAAUAAGAGGUCGCAGCAUCCGAACGGACUUUUACUCAGAAUCGCUUUGGCCAUGCCUUGUUUUUUCUUGACCUUUUCUUCCUCUCUCUUGUUCAUUUGGCACCUAACUGGCGAGUGGCAGGAGAGGACAAGACACCAUUCAAUGAUAUGUCAUGGGUCAACUUUUUCUUGUCUUCCAUGUGUCCCUAAACUCCAUUUUAUAGUUUCUGCAUCAUUUGAGGCCGAGUUUCUCCCAGACGCAGUACUGGACAAUAUAAGUAGGAUUCCAUACUGAUGCCCUGUAACAUGAGCAGUUUUUGUGGGUGUACAAACCAUGGAUCGAAAUGCACCUGCUGGUUUUGUUUUCAAGCCCUCAAUUUCUCACCCGAUGUACUAUCAAGACAAGAAGGGUAGCCAAAUGAUCGAUCUGGGUCUUAGCCUGAGAACUCUGCAGUCUGAUUCGCGCGAUGAUCCAUCUGGCGAGUUGGGAGGCCUUAAGGGGUGCAGCGAGCUAAUUGAUUGGCAGCAACUGAACCACUUGCAAUACUCAAACUCAAACAACACUAGCUCGAAAAUUCUCCAGGACGACUACUACGAUGAGGAGGCAGAGGGGGUUCAGAGUGAAGAGCAAUCGAUAUAUGUUAAAGUCACCAUGGAUGGAGUAGUCGUCGGUAGAAAGCUGUGCAUGCUUGAUCACAGCAGUUACUGCAGUGUGGCACUUCAAUUGGAAGACAUGUUUGGUGGACAAUGCGCAUACGGGUUGAGAUUGUCUGAACCUGAGUCCGAGUACACCUUGCACUAUAAGGAUAGGGAAGAGAAUUGGAGGAUUGCAGGCGAUGUUCCAUGGAUGGAGUUCAUUGGACAAGUUAAGCGCAUGCGGAUCAUGAGAAAGAGCGAAGCAUUUCUUCCAAUGAUCCUGGAAAGGCAUCAGCCAAUGAACGACCAACUAAACUGGGGUUUCGAGAGCAAAGAUUCGACUGAGCUUUAGAAUGAAGUUUAUGUUCCUUAAAACCGAAGGUGUAUCAAGUAGACCUUUCAGAUUACUGUUUAAUGUCUUAUAAAGUUUUGUUCACUUUACCUGUUAGAAUUUCUUCCCAAAGAAUAGUAUGCUAAGUUGAAAAAACCAAGAAAAGAUCAAAGGCGACAAAUGCUAUUAGCGAAAAUUUAAAUGAGGUCUAUGUACUAUUAUCUCUGAUUAACUUUGAUCUCACUUUAUUUAAUGACAUGUUUGGUUCCUACAUUAA